GUCGCCAUGGCAACGGCUCCCGAGGCCUACUACUUGGGCUUCGACUUCAGCACGCAGCAGCUGAAAGUCAUUGUGAUAGAUGAACAACUGCGAGUCAUCCACGAGAACCAUGUCAACUUUGACAAAGAACUUCCAGAAUUUCGCACGCAAGGUGGUGUCAAUAUUCACAAAGACAGGCUGACGGUAACUUCUCCCGUAUUAAUGUGGAUCAAGGCCCUGGAUAUGAUCUUGGCGAAGAUGAAGUCUUCCGGAUUUAACUUCUCUAGAGUGAAAGCUUUGUCUGGAGCUGGACAGCAACAUGGGAGUGUCUAUUGGAACGACGGAGCAAGCUUGAUUUUACAGAAUUUACCAUCUGAUGUCCCUUUGCAUCAGGCACUGAAGUCCUGCUUUUCCGUCAACAACAGCCCUGUUUGGAUGGAUUCCAGCACAGGUGAGCAGUGCUCCUCUCUAGAAGAAGCCGUUGGAGGUGCUCAGAAACUCGUGGAAAUCACUGGAUCACGGGCCUACGAGCGUUUUACAGGAAACCAGAUAGCGAAGAUUUACAGCCAGAACCCCGAGGUCUACGCACAGACGGAGAGGAUCUCUUUGGUCAGCAGCUUCGCGGCCUCUCUGUUUCUCGGGGCUUACGCUCGCAUUGACUACAGUGACGGUUCUGGCAUGAAUUUACUACAUAUCCGUGAGAAAACAUGGAGUUCGGCCUGUCUUGAUGCUUGUGCGCCUGGAUUAGAAAAAAAGUUGGGCAUUCCUGUACCCUGCAGCAAAAUACUGGGUUCUGUGUCGCCGUAUUACGUUAAGCGCUAUGGUUUUAAUCCCAACUGCAAAGUUGUCGCCUUUACAGGUGACAACCCAGCAUCUCUGGCAGGAAUGAGGCUUGCAGAAGGGGACAUCGCAAUUAGCCUUGGCACGAGUGAUACAUUGUUCCUGUGGAUCAGAGAACCAAAGCCCGCUUUAGACGGCCACAUCCUUUGCAGUCCAAUGGAGACAAAUGCCUACAUGGCCUUGCUGUGUUUUAAGAAUGGUUCUUUGAUGAGAGAGAAGAUUCGAGAUGAGCUUGCCUCUGGUUCCUGGGAAGAAUUCUCCAAAACAUUAACAUCGACACCUGCUGGAAAUAAUGGAAACAUUGGUUUCUAUUACGACGUGAUGGAGAUUAUACCUGAAGUGGUGGGGAUUCACCGGUUCGACUCGCAAAACAACAGUGUCCCAUCAUUUUCCAAGGAAGUGGAGAUACGGGCCUUGAUUGAAGGACAGUUCAUGCUCAAGCGGCUUCACGCGGAAAUGCUGGGAUAUAAAAUCUUGCCAACAACCAGAAUCCUGGCUACUGGUGGGGCAUCCCACAAUAAAGAAAUCUUACAAGUCCUGUCUGAUGUGUUCAGCGCUCCAGUUUACACUAUUGACACUGCUAAUUCAGCCUGUUUAGGUUCUGCUUACCGAGCAAUUCACGGGCUGGUGGCGGAGACCAACGUGUCCUUGACCGAUGUCGUGAAAUUAGCGCCCGGACCCAGAUUAGUGGCUACUCCUGCAACUGGCGUGGCUCAGGUGUACCAACCCCUCCUCAAAAGAUACAUGGUACUUGAACAACAAGUGCUGACCGAAGCAAAAAAUCCACCUGAUGCCGCAUCUGAGUGA